GGCCAUCCGUAAAAAAAAAAAAAAAAAAAAAAAGAAAGAAAGAAAACCGUGUUUCCCUCCCACUCCCAGCAGGCCCUCACCUUUCUCCAAGUUUCUCUGUCUCGUUCAGAUUCCCCGAUUUUUUUGCUCUCCCACUCUAUCUCGGUUCUUCAACCUUUUGUUUUUCCUUUCAUUCCACUUCAAUGGCUUCCACUUCUGGAGAUAGAUCUUCUCUCGAUCCACCCACCUCCAAUGACUCGGAGAACCCUCCAAUUGAGCCUAUAAGGAUGCCUACACUCGAAGAGAUUCGCGGCCAAGAUAUUUGGAACAACUGUGCAGUUCGCAGCGUUGUUAGUGGAGUCAUGGGCGGUGGGCUUGGAUUGUUCAUGGGAUUAUUUUUGGGGGCAUUGGAUAAUCCACUGAUGCAAGACGAGAUGACUGCUAAACAGCAAUUUGUUUAUACUGCAAAACAGAUGGGACGACGGAGUUGGGGUUCUGCAAAAGCGUUUGCAGUUAUGGGCUUUAUUUUCUCGGCUGCAGAAUGUGUUGUAGAAAAGGCCCGAGCCAAACAUGAUAUGACGAACACAGUAGUUGCUGGUUGUGUAACUGGUGGUUCAAUAUCAGCUAAAGGUGGCCCAAAGGCAGCUUGUGCUGGUUGUGCAGGCUUUGCUGCAUUCUCAGUCUUGAUAGAGAAGUUUUUGGACAGACACAGUUGAGCUGCGUUUGUGCUCACAAUUUUCUGAUAGUAAAAGCAAACCAAUGGUAGAGAAAUAAUAGUUAGCCUGCAGUGUAACCAUUCUUUUCAUCAUAAAAAUAUGAACUUUCUUUUUUAUUUGGGAUGACUUUAGAAUAUUGUCCCCAUUGUUUUAGUAACAUUAUCCGCAAUCCCAUUUUGUUUGGAAGAUAUUUAUAUUCAUAGAAAAUUAGGCCAUUUGGUUUGAAUCUCAUGUCAUAAGUUAUCAAAAAUAUUCGUGAACUAUUGAGAGUUGGUUUCGAUUAUAUCCUAAAAUUUUGAAAAUUUCCAUUUAAA